GCCGGGACCCGGGCCAGGGAGAACCGAGGGGCCUGCGCGGCCGCCCGGCCCGGCCGCGAAUCAGGUCUCCUGUAGCUCCAUUUGGUUGCCAGCUCUCUCUGUAGCUUGAUCCUCCUUUCUCAAUGUCUGGAGUGCUGGAAUCACAGGCUCCUAGGACCAUGGGUCUCAGGCCUUGAGGACAGGAGGCUCCCUGUGGCCAUGACGACAGGUGACUGCUGCCACCUCCCUGGCUCCCUAUGUGACUGCUCUGGCAGCCCUGCCUUCUCCAAGGUUGUGGAGGCCACAGGCCUUGGGCCACCCCAGUAUGUGGCACAGGUGACUUCAAGGGAUGGCCGGCUGCUCUCAACUGUCAUCCGGGCUUUGGACACACCAAGUGACUGUCCUUUCUGCCGAAUCUGCCACGAGGGAGCGAAUGGUGAGAACUUGCUGUCCCCAUGUGGCUGCACCGGCACGCUGGGAGCUGUGCACAAGAGCUGCCUGGAGAAAUGGCUGUCUUCCUCCAAUACCAGCUAUUGCGAGCUAUGCCACACUGAAUUUGCAGUUGAAAAGCGGCCCAGACCUCUCACAGAGUGGCUGAAGGACCCAGGACCUCGCACUGAGAAACGGACGCUGUGCUGUGACAUGGUGUGCUUUGUGUUCAUCACACCACUGGCUGCCAUCUCAGGCUGGCUAUGCCUGCGAGGAGCCCAGGACCACCUCCGUCUGCACAGCCGGCUGGAGGCUGUGGGGCUCAUUGCUCUCACCAUCGCCCUCUUUACCAUCUAUGUGCUCUGGACACUGGUCUCUUUCCGAUACCAUUGCCAGCUGUACUCAGAAUGGAGGAAGACCAAUCAGAAAGUCCGCCUGAAGAUUCGGGAAGCAGAUGGCUCCGAGGACCCCCACCACUCCUUACUGGCUGCUGGACUCUUAAAAAAGGUGGCAGAGGAGACCCCUGUAUGAAGACCUGCCUAGCAGGGCCUUAAGGUAGUGGAAGGCCAGAGGUAGAUGACAAUGCUCUGGUGUUUGAAAGGAUAGAAGCUGCCUAACCUUUCACGCACAGCCACGACGCUUCUCAGGCCAAGAACCACAGCAAGCAGAGCCUGCUGUGUGCUCCUGUGUGAACAUAUUUUCAAGGGUUUUGUUUGCACAUUGUUAUACACAAGGACACAUGGACAGACCCUAGCUUUGGAUGGAGCAGGUACCCUUAUCUCAUUCUGAGAUCUGUUUGGUAUUUCCUUGGCCAGCAACUUUGGCUGCUUGUGUCAAGGGUGUUCAUUGGCUAGAAGGUUCCAGCAAGCUUCUUGCUCUACUCUGCGCCUGGCCGGCUUGCUUUACUGGCACUCUUGACUUUAUAAAGUUGCACUGCAUUUCAAAAACCCACCCUUGAAUGAAUAAAAGGAGCCCUUGCUGGCUAACAA